CAACUACACAACACAACAACAACAACUCCCUUCUCUCUCUAGAAGAUAAGAGAAACCUAAAAUGGCUCCUGCUUUGAGUCGAAGCCUCUACACGGCUCCUCUCACUUCAGUUCCAAUCACUCCCACUCGUCUCUCUAAUCUCACAACCGCGUUUCUCCCUCGCGGUGUUGGUGGUUUGAGAACCGGCGUUUCGUGUAGGUGGAGCCUCGAGAAGAGAUGUAGUCGCUUCGCUGUUAAGUGUGACGCUGCUGUGGCGGAGAAGGAGACGGUUGAAGAAGGGUCUGGUGAGAAGUUCGAGUACCAAGCAGAGGUUAGUAGGUUGUUGGAUUUGAUUGUUCAUAGCUUGUACAGUCACAAGGAGGUUUUCCUCAGGGAGCUUGUUAGUAAUGCAAGUGAUGCUUUGGAUAAGCUGAGGUUCUUGAGUGUGACAGAGCCUGCUUUGCUUGGAGAUGGUGGAGAUCUUGAGAUUAGGAUCAAGCCUGAUCCUGAUAACGGCACUAUCACCAUAACUGAUACUGGAAUUGGAAUGACUAAGGAAGAACUUAUAGACUGUCUUGGAACUAUUGCUCAGAGUGGUACUUCCAAAUUCUUGAAGGCUCUUAAGGAGAACAAGGACCUUGGUGCCGACAACAGUUUGAUAGGACAGUUUGGUGUUGGGUUCUACUCUGCUUUCUUAGUUGCUGAGAAGGUUGUUGUGUCCACAAAGAGCCCAAAAUCUGACAAGCAGUAUGUUUGGGAAUCUGUAGCUGACAGUAGCUCAUAUGUGAUCAGAGAAGAAACAGACCCUGAGAACUUUCUUCGCCGUGGAACGCAAAUAACUCUGUAUCUAAGGGAGGAUGAUAAAUACGAAUUUGCGGAGUCUACGAGAAUCAAGAACCUUGUUAAGAACUACUCUCAGUUCGUUGGGUUUCCCAUCUAUACAUGGCAGGAGAAAUCAAGAACUGUAGAGGUGAGGAUAACACGGUUGCCUGUUAUUGCAAUUAGAAAGAGUGGUGAGCCUAAGAAGACGAAGAAGACUACUAAAACUGAGAAGUAUUGGGAUUGGGAACUAGCCAAUGAAACAAAACCGUUAUGGAUGCGUAGUCCGAAAGAAGUGGAAAAAGAAGAGUACAACGAGUUUUACAAGAAGGCCUUCAAUGAGUUCUUGGAUCCACUUGCACACACACACUUCACAACAGAGGGCGAGGUUGAGUUCAGGAGCAUUCUAUACAUCCCUGGGAUGGGUCCUCUUAACAAUGAGGACGUUACAAACCCGAAAACAAAGAACAUUCGUCUCCACGUGAAGCGUGUGUUUAUCUCUGAUGACUUUGAUGGAGAGCUGUUCCCGAGAUACUUGAGCUUUGUGAAGGGUGUUGUGGACUCAAACGAUCUUCCACUUAAUGUUUCACGUGAAAUUCUUCAAGAAAGCAGAAUCGUGAGAAUCAUGAGAAAGAGGCUCAUUAGGAAGACUUUCGACAUGAUACAAGAAAUUUCUGAAAGUGAAAACAAAGAGGACUACAAGAAGUUCUGGGAGAAUUUUGGUAAAUUCAUUAAGCUGGGUUGUAUUGAAGACACUGGUAACCACAAGCGUAUUACACCGUUGCUUAGAUUCUACUCUUCCAAGAAUGAAGAGGAGCUGACGAGUUUGGAUGAAUAUAUUGAGAACAUGGGUGAGAACCAGAAGGCUAUCUACUACCUUGCCACUGAUAGUCUGAAAAGUGCCAAGUCUGCUCCCUUCUUGGAGAAACUGAUUCAAAAAGAUAUUGAGGUUCUUUACUUGGUUGAACCGAUUGAUGAAGUUGCGAUUCAGAAUUUACAAACCUACAAAGAAAAGAAGUUCGUUGAUAUCAGCAAGGAAGAUUUGGAACUUGGUGAUGAAGAUGAAGUGAAGGAUAGGGAAGCUAAACAAGAAUUCAAUCUUCUUUGUGAUUGGAUAAAGCAGCAGCUUGGUGACAAAGUUGCCAAAGUCCAAGUCUCAAACCGUUUGAGCUCUUCUCCUUGUGUGCUUGUCUCAGGCAAGUUUGGUUGGUCAGCUAAUAUGGAAAGGUUAAUGAAGGCACAAGCUCUUGGAGACACUUCAAGUUUGGAGUUCAUGAAAGGUAGGAGAAUACUAGAGAUCAAUCCAGAUCAUCCUAUCAUCAAAGACUUGAAUGCUGCAUGUAAGAAUGCACCUGAGAGCAGUGAAGCAACAAGAGUGGUUGAUCUCUUAUAUGACACUGCUAUAAUUUCAAGUGGUUUCACUCCUGAUAGCCCGGCUGAGCUUGGGAACAAGAUUUAUGAGAUGAUGGCUAUGGCUGUUGGAGGAAGAUGGGGACGAGUUGAAGAAGAGGUUGCAGAAGAAGGAAGCUCGAGUGUGAAUGAAGGAGAUGACACAAAAGAUGGAGAAGCAGAAGUAAUUGAACCAUCUGAAGUUAGGGCAGAGAGUGAUCCAUGGCAAGAUUGA